GCUACCUCACCAUUCACUCCAUCUAUCGUCUUCUUAUUUUAGCCUUCUGCUGAUUGUUUAUUUCACCUGGAUGAAUGCCAACCCGGUCGUUCUUCAGCUCCCUAAACGGACGCCAAAAUUCAACGGUUUCGCUUACAUUGAACAUGCUAACGCAUGGGACGGUCUGAGAGAGCCCAUAGAUGCCAAAGAGGUUUUCGAACACAUUCGGGAAGUGCGUGACCCUGAACACCCAUAUAGCCUUGAGGCAUUGGGUGUGGUUUCCGAAACCGCCGUCUCCGUGAAAGAUUCGGAAAACCUUGUUUCGAUCCAAUUCACCCCAACCAUUCCUGCUUGCAGUUUGGCCACACUGAUUGGUCUGGCGAUCAAAGUCAAGCUAACCAGAUCUUUACCUCGUCGAUUCAAGUUGUGCGAACAUUUGGAAGUGAGCAAGAUCAUGCGACGUGAGGUGAAGUGCUUGGGUGUCCUCCUGAUUUGUAUCGCUGCAUCAGCUUGGAUUAUUGGGAAACUGAGUUGGGACCUCGAGUUUGAGUAUGGUACACUGUACAACUUCGAAAUCGAUCCCAAAGUAGAACCUUUGGCCGAUGGGGCAGCGACCAAUACUAUUCAUCUAUUCUUGGUCAUACCGGAUUUCAAGACUCUGGAGAAGACCGGAACAAUGCUCAAAAGUCUGCUGUACUAUCAAGGUCGUUUGGACGAGACAUUUGUUGAGUGUACACCAACAAUCAACAAACCGGAGUCGAUAAAGUGUUCGGACUUGGAUCUGUUACCGACGGCGAGUUCACUGACACUGCAUGUUGCGGCAAGCGACAGUCUAGGGGACCAAACAGCAGAACUGUUUGGGGAUUUUCACGUGGAAGACUUGACUGUGCAGUUGUACAGCUUAGAAAGCUGUCUGGCAAUUGGAGCAGUUUGUGAACAGGGCCAAGACUGUUCUCGUUUUUGCUCUACAGGUGACGGAGAAAUUCCCGUGAGUGAAAUUCAUAUUACACACGGAAUCAAUACUGGUCUCCUCCUACUGAAUCUGAAUGAACUCAGACGUCUGGAAUGGUGGAACAUGACAGAUGUGGACGGCCAAACAGAGGCGAUUCAACUCACCGACCGGGAUCUGAUCAACCGGAUAUUGGAGAGGAACGUCAACCUGUACUACAAGUUACCGUGUCAAUGGAAUGUCCAAAUAAUCGCCGACUCUGGCUUGGAUUGCUGUCCCUUCUACUGGAUUGAACGACGUCCUGAGGAGGAUGACUGUGUAAACACUGAAGAUGACGAUCAAAAUUACAUUCCUAUGGCCCGUGCAAUUCAAUUCAACAUCGAUCGGAGAACGGAGUUGAAUUUCUUUAUCAACGGCUAUUCAGCGGACGAUGUUACACUUGUCUUGAGUGCA